UUUACGCACAGCAACAGGAUGAGCGUCUGGACGCGUCGGUGCGUUCUCUCCACCUCACUCUGCCUCUUUCUGCUUUUAAACUGCCCGGGCACAGUGUCGACUUUCGAGGUGACCCUGCUUCACACCAACGACAACCAUGCGCGGAUCGAGGAGACGAGCGAGGACUCGGGGAAGUGCCCAGCAAGGGGUCCUUGCUUCGCGGGGGUCGCCAGGAGGUUCACGAAGGUGACGGAGAUCAGGAAAAAGGAGAGGAACGUGUUGUUUCUGGAUGCUGGAGACCAGUUUCAGGGAACUAUCUGGUUCAACUACUACAAAGGCGCAGAAGCAGCGCACUUCAUGAACAAACUCGGCUAUGAUGUUAUGGCUUUGGGAAACCAUGAGUUUGACAAUGGGGUGGAGGGUCUGAUCCAGCCCUUCCUAAAGAAUGUAAAUUGCUCUGUGGUGAGUGCCAACAUACAUCCAGACCAGACCCUGGCUGCAAAACUCAGUGGCUACUACCAGCCCUACAAAGUCUUAAACGUGGGCUCAGAGAAAGUGGCGGUGGUGGGCUUCACCACUGCGGAGACCCCCUUCUUAUCCAUGCCAGGCCAACACCUAAAGUUUGAGGACGAGGUGGAGGCACUUCAGGUUCAGGUUGAUAAACUGGAAACCUUGGGCUACAAUAAGAUCAUCGCCCUGGGUCACUCUGGCUUUGACAUGGAUCAACACAUUGCCAAGAGUGUGAGAGGGGUUGACGUCGUCAUCGGAGGACACACCAACACAUUCCUCUACACUGGAAACCCCCCAUCCACUGAAGUGCCGGCAGGCCCCUACCCUUUUAUGGUGAGGUCUAACGACGGGAGAAAUGUGCCGGUGGUCCAGGCGUUUGCCUUUGGGAAAUACCUUGGAUAUCUGAAAGUGACCUUUGAUGGAGCUGGAAAUGUGAUAAAAGCUGUUGGAAACCCAAUCCUGAUGGACAGCAGCAUACCUCAAGACCCAGAUGUCCUUGCUGACAUCGAGAAGUGGAAGAAAAACUUGGCUCAGUACUCCUCGCAGUAUGUCGGACAAACCUUGGUCUACCUCAACGGGACGUUUGAAGAGUGUCGGUUCCGGGAGUGCAACCUGGGAAACCUGAUCUGUGAUGCGAUGAUUUAUCACAAUUUAAAGUCUUCCAGCGAGCUGCGCUGGAAUCACGUGGGCAUUUGCAUGCUGAAUAGCGGGGCCAUACGGACAGCUAUAGACGAGCGUUACAAAAAUGGUUCUAUAACUAUGGAGGAGAUCCUCACCGUCUUACCAUUUGGAGGAACCUUCGACUUGGUCCAGAUAAAAGGAUCAACAGUGAAAAAGGCAUUUGAACACUCCAUUCACAGAUAUGGAAGCAUGUCCGGAGAAUUUCUUCAGGUCUCAGGCAUUCACGUCGAGUACGACCUCUCCAAACCCGUGAACCAGCGUGUGGCGUCUGUGUCCGUGCUCUGCACGGAGUGCCGCGUGCCCCGGUACAAACCGUUAGCCCUGGACAGGAAGUACACUGUGGCCAUGCCUUCAUACAUGGUGGCCGGAGGUGAUGGCUUCACCAUGAUUAAGGAGGAACUGCUGAAGCAUAACACAGGUGAUAUGGACAUUUCUGUUUUAUCCAAAUACAUCUCGGACAUGAGGCGUGUGUACCCCGCGGUGGAAGGCCGGAUCACGUUCAGGAGCUCGGCGGUCUUUGCAGCCCACAGCCUUGGUUUGUUGCUGCUGGGUUUAUGUCUGUCCCUGACCCUCUGAUUGUCUCUGUACGCUCUGGGAAACUGUGAUAAACUCAAGGGUAAAUACCUCUGGGACUUUCCGUCUCGCUGCCUGCAAGGAUAUCUAGAAGACAACAGGAUUGCAGGUUCAGCCUCAGGGUAGAUUCGAUAUCCAGGCAGGAACUAACUUCAUCCCAGAGGUCGGUUGAUUUUAAGGAUGAGAGACGACACAAGUGCUGAAUUGUAUAAUUUUACCCUCAAGUUUGCAAGAUGAACAAUUCAAAUAUGAAAACACAAAAUAUGUAUUAGGUAUUAUGUUAUGGACCUAAAGGUACAUGUAAGUCAUUUUUAGAGUGAUUGUGUAAUUUUUUUUCUUGUAAAUCUGAAGGAACUGAAGAAGCGCCAUGUUGCGAAUGUCUCUAAUCCAAGGCAGUGUUUCACUAAGUCACAUGGAAGAGUCUGAAGACUGCAAGACAGCAUCCGACUUCAGAGUAUUCAUGCAGCUGAUUGUCUUUGUUUUGUUGAACUGCAGUUUGCUCAAGCCCAUUUCCUUUAAAGCUUCUUCAGAUAAAGAGCAAAGGACAAAGCUAUUUGCAUACGUUCAUCAAGUGCAUCACGUUUCAGACACAGAUUUAUUGGUGCAGCAGUGUGUCAUAGAUCUGAUGUGUAAAAACUUUUUUUGUUUGUUCUUAUUAAUUUUUGCUUUUGUUGGCAUAUUUGUCCACACAGAGAAAAGCACCCACAGCUGAUCGAGUAUAACACUUUUGAGAUAAAAGAUCUUACAGCAGUUCUGCUUUUGUUAUCACAUCUGCUAUCUGCCUUUGUUUACUCUGUAGCUGUCUUCAUAGAGUACUCCUACGAGCCUCUUAGAAUAAAUUAAAAGUGAAAGUCACAGAAACCAUUACUUUCUUUAACAGACUGAAAAAUAAAUAUCAGAUCAUCAACAUGAGGCAUGAAUUGUGACAUUGUGACACACCUUUCUUUAGCAUAGAACCAAUAAUCCUGCAGUUAUUGAUUAUUUCCAUUAUUCAUUUAAUCUUAGUUGACACAUAGGCAUGCUUUUUAAAUGAUGUUUUUUGAUUGUUUCAAUUAAAAAUUUAGAAAAGUCCCUCAGGAAUAUUUCAGUUGGAGGAGUCCUGUAGGAACGAUGCAAGUACUGUGCAGGACAAUUAUUUUAUUUUUCUACCUCUUAAAUUACCAAGCCUGGGGUGAUAUCAUCAAAUUAAACUGUCACAUAUCCCAUUUAUUUACAAAGACACAACACAAAUCAAAGCAAAAAAAAAAUUCCAAAAUUAAGAGUAACCACCAAAUGUUUGGUGUGAUUACUUAUGAAAGAAACAAAUAAUAGGUUAAUAAUAUGUUAGUAGCUAGCUAUUAACUGUUAUUCACAAAUGUUUUUGAACUGCAUUUUGCAGUUACUCCUAAAUGUUAAGUUUAUACCAUGACCACCUGCAACAAAGUGUCAAUGAUACCAAGUCUUUCAUUUAGUUAUACAACUCAUUUUUGAACUUGUUUGUUCAUUUUACAUGAAAAAUAUCACCUUCACCAUAGAUUUCCUCCCGGUUAGCCACAGCCAGGUGUUCUUGCAAAUUGAAAAUACUGAUUAAAAAAAAAAUGAUUGCUCUAAAUCAGUUUGGUUUGGACGUCUGCAUUCUCAUAAAUAUCAAACAAGUCUGAGAUUACAUUCUCCCAUAAUGUAACCAUGACAACCUCAAAGCUCUUUAGCUAAACCACUGAAACGUGUUCUCAGAAGUGUUUGGUUACCAUAAACUGACACCAGCCAGCAAAUCGGAAUAGAGUAUUCUCAGAGGUUAGAUUGAUAGGUUACGAAACAAUUAGAUCAACUUUAUUAAUCCCUGGAUGGGGAAAUUUGGUAAGCACUACAUGUGCUGGAUGCUUUUCUUCCUUCCUUUCAAAUAAAAAUAAUAAUCAGAAACAGUUACUGGAACAGUUUUUCCAUUAUGAUUGUGUAAAACUGGUUCCAUUUUUCAAAGGCUUUAAUAUGAGGUGACAGUUUUACAGCAGCUGAGGUGCUCACAUCUGUGGCAACAACACAGUGUGCUCAGCAGAAUCACAGUGUGAAAAAGUCAUUUCAUUUCAACUUUUACUACAGCUGCAAUUGACUGCAGCUGUCAAAGAGAUGCACUCUUUUACAGUUUGCUUUUAUAAUUAAGAAUAAUUACACAAGGAUCACUGUUUUAUAGUUUAUUUAUAUAAUUUAUUUUACAAAGUAAAUGACACAUGCAGCAGGAGAAGCCGUGGGUUUGCCCCUCCUGCCGUGGCAGGUAUCUGAUACUGUACCUGUGACUACAUGGGUUAGUUAGUUUCAGGUAAUGGGACCAACAAACAACCCCGCAGUAGUGAAGGUUUGGUGAAAUGCCUUGUCAGCAUGUCAGCUCAUGUUCAUCGAACUGUUCAUUUUACAUCCAUGGAGCCAUCACAGAGGUCUCCUUCUGUACCUGCUGAGGAAACAAAUACAGGUUCUGUGGUGGAUGUAAUUGUGUUAUGUUAUGUAAUUAUUCACAUUUGAUUCACGAUUUAAGUACAAAACAAUGCAUGUUAACAUUACUGCUAAAGUGAUCUGUGAAAAUCUUAAUAAAUCUGAUAAAAAUAUUUAUACUGUACAUUAAAA